AUGAAAAAUUCAUCACUUCGGCAUUUCAAAACUUCAAGUUUGCAUCAAAUAAUUCUACUAUUUGUAUGCUCUCUCACAAUCGUGGGUUGUGCUCAAGAAUUAAAAACCACUGAGGAAUUUAGACGAACAGUAAAAUCCGCAGCAGUACCGUAUCCACAUGUAUUUGAAGAAGUAUACGCGGAAAAUGAUUUGGACUUCAUAGUUGUUGGUGAUUGGGGAUAUCAGGGAAAAGGUGUUGGGAAGAAAAAGGGAGAUCAAGUUCAUGUUGCUUUUGCCAUGGAAAGGAUUUCAAAGAAUUUUGGAACGCAAUUUAUAAUUAAUGUUGGAGAUACAAAUGUAUUCUAUUACGAUUACAAAUUUUUGGAUAACAAGAAUUCACUCAAAAGCAAUUUAUAUGACUUUGGAAUUAACGAACCGGAGACAGUUGAUGAUAGGUUGAAAUGGAUCGAAGAAAAAUUAGAAGAGAAUCAAGAUUCUAAGUGGAUUUUUGUUGUCGAGUAUCAAUCAGCAAAGCCUUCGUCACCUACUACUUAUUUUACCUCGGGAUGUGGUAGUAGAUUCGGCCCAGGGUGUGCGGGAAGAGAUUGGGGAGUACCAUUAGGAACUUUUGGAUUCUUACACGUGAGAAUAAAGGGUAAUAGUAGUGAAUUGAAUUUUGAAUACGUGAACGCUACAACUUAUAAAUCAAAAAUUGUGCAUCAGG